AAUCAUGGCCCCAAAAGAGCGGGCGCCCCCCAGGAGAUACAAGCUGUGGUGGUGGAGGGGCGGCGUGGGGAAAAGCGCCUGACCAUCCGUUCAUUCAGUCGUACUUGUCUCGGACUAUGACCCUACAAUCGAGGACUCCUACACGAAGAUUUGCACCAUCGAUGGACCCCAACCCGGCUGGACAUCCUGGACACGGCCGGGCAGGAGGAGUUUGGGGCCAUGCGGGAGCAGUACAUGCGCACAGGGGAGGGGUUCCUGCUCAUCUACGCCAUCAAUGACAGCGGCAGCUUCACCGAGAUCAGCAAGUUCCACACCCAGAUCCUGCGGGUCAAAGACCGGGACGACUUUCCCAUGAUCCUCGUGGGCAACAAGGCUGACCUGGACCUGCAGCGCCAGGUGCCCAAGGAGGAGGCGCUGGCCUUCGCCCAGGAGAAUCGCAUCCCCUACAUGGAGGCCUCGGCCAAGAUCCGCCUCAACGUAGAUGAGUCCUUCCAUGAGGUCGUCCGGGCCAUCAGGAGGUUCCAGGAGCUGGAGACCCCCCCUGCUCCUACUGUGCACCCCACAACUAAAGAGUCCAGCAGCUGCCCCUGCUGCAUCCUGUGACAUGGGGCCCCCCACAAUCUCGGGGCCCCCCAACACUCACCCAGCUGUGCGAGACGGGGGGCAGUAUAGUCCAUAGGUGUUUGUACAUAUCUAUAAAUAGGGGAGGCAGAGAAUGGGGAGCCCAGGUGAUAUUUUGGGGGACAGAGCAAGGGGGUGGUUCCCCGCUGGUCCGUAGGGGUUGGGCAGUGGUCACCCUGCAUGAGGGAGUCAGGGGGUAGCAGUUCCCCUCAAAGAUGCAGGGUGGGGUCCCAUGACAGCCCAUGGCUGGAGAGUUUGUGGGGUCUCAGUCCAAGUCCCCCCACCCCCCCUUGCUCACUUUGCCCCCCACCAUUGUAUGGGGGGCAUGGGCACAAAGCCAGGCCUCAUUUCAGUUGGGGACAGGAGAAAUGUGAGACUCCCGUUAAGGGGGACGGAUCAUGGAAGAGGUGCUGCCCCCCCACCCCAAAAGGAGGGGGGAGGGUUCCCCAAUGGGCCGGGCUCCUUCUGAAAGGUUGGUAUUUUCUACGCAAAACAAAGCUUUACUUGGGGGGGGCCCACGCUGCAUUCUGUAGCCUGAUCCUGCAGGAGGAUUGGGACCGGGGGGGUCUGUAUAAACGUGGUUAGUUACCUCACCGCUAUUUCUAUGCACUGCUUUGAGGGGAGUCACAGCUCAUCUCCCCUCCAAGGGGAUGGGAGGCAAACAGACUAGUCUGGUUAAGAUGCAGCAG